AUGGCCUUCUCAAGCUCUGGGACCUGCAGCUUCAGCAUUGCGUUGAAACAGUCGUGUCUGGCGACGAGCGAGCUUUGGAGCUUGGCCGUGUAUGCUCAGGAUCAUGCUCAAGACACACUUGUUGCUACUGGCGGCUCAAAUGGCCAUGUGCGGCUAUGGUGCAUGCCUCACAGCGUUUCGCAACGAGGACUUCAAGCUGCUGAGCAAGGCAGUGGCUCAGCACAUUUCUUCAAUGCGCAUGGCACACUCGAUGUACCUUCAAGCCAUCGCAUAUCACAGCUUGCUGUGUAUGGCUCAUACCUGGCCGCUGCUAGCGGCGACCGUGCUGUGCAUGUCUACCGCAUUCGCACACCCGAAGAAGCGCACAAGAAGCAGCAGCGUCGAAUCAAACGCGCUCGUGAAAAGGGCGACGAAGGUGCUGCAGUGGAUACUAUACCCAUGACUUGGCUCACGCGCCUGGAUGCAUACGUUAUUGUCCGGCCUACGAUCGGACGCAUACGCAGCUUUGCCUUUCCCAGUGGACAUGCAUCUUCCAAUCAUUUACAUCAUACCCCGUCUCAGCAUGAGUCCAUGACUUCUUCCGAUGCGUCUGUACCAUUACUCUGUUCCCUCACGACCAACUCAGCAGAAAUCCACUCGAUCCCUCCUCCUCCGCGCACUCGAGCUGAGAAGCAGAGCGGUGCGAUCGAACCGAGCGUUUCACAUGCAUUGGAACUGCCUGGCCAUCGAAGCGAUAUUCGUGCAGUCGCUCUCUCUAGUGACGAUACACUGCUGGCGUCCGUAUGUGGUAGUGGCCAGCUCAAGAUCUGGAAUGUACGAACGUAUCGAUGUAUCCGGACACUUGCUGUUUCGGCUUUCGCAUUGUGUGUCACAUGGCUACCUGGCGACCGCUACGUAGUGGUUGGCUGCAAGGACGGUUCCUUGCACACGUUUGAUGUGCCUGCCGGCGUAGCCAUCGAGUCGCUGGAGGCUCAUACAGGCCCCAUUUGGAGUUGUGUGGUUCAUCCGCAAGGCCUCAGUGCUGUCACUGGUAGCGCCGACAAGCAGGUCAAGUUCUGGGAGUUUGAAAUGGUCGCCAGUGACGAACAUACGCCUCCACAGCUUUCCCUCGUGCAUGUACGAACGUUGCAGCUUACAGACGAUGUGCUGAGUGUCAAGUAUUCGCCGGACGGGCGUCUCCUUGCUGUGUCUUUGCUCGACAAUACCGUUAAGAUUUUUUACGCCGAUACACUCAAAUUCUUCCUAUCCCUGUACGGGCACAAGCUGCCUGUCCUAUCACUCGACAUUUCAGACGACUCGAAGCUCUGUGUUACGUGCAGUGCCGAUAAAAAUGCCAAGAUUUGGGGUCUCGACUUCGGCGAUUGCCAUCGAAGUCUCUUUGCACACGACGACUCUAUCAUGAAUGUCGCUUUCGAGCACGGCAUGCAAGGCGGCGGCCUGAUGGGGGGUAGAGAAGGUGCGUCGCACCGUUUCUGGACAGUUGGCAAGGAUGCCAAAGUCAAGUACUGGGAUGGUGAUCGAUUCGUCGGCAUCCAGGUGAUGGAAGGCCACCAUGGCGAAGUGUGGGCUCUUGCCACAGGACACCGUGGCCGACUUGUCGUUACGGCCGGUGCCGACCGCAGCAUUCGCGUGUGGGAAAAGACAGACGAGCCGCUCUUUCUCGAAGAAGAGCGUGAGAAGGAGCUCGAACAGAUGUAUGAAAGUGCUGCGCCCUCACAGGAUGAGCCCGCGACGGGACCCGCUGCCGAAGCAGAGGCUACAGGUGUCUCGAAAACAACGACUGAAUCUCUCAUGGCGGGCGAACGACUGCUUGAGGCGCUCGAGACAGCCGACGCAGACCUUGCACAGCGUGCUCAGGCCGAGCGUCAGGGCGCCAGCGCCGACUCUGUGCCUUUGCAUCCCUUAAUUCAAGCUGUUUUCCACGACAUGGACACACCCGACACUCAUAAAUAUGUGUUGCGUGUGGUGGAAAAGAUUCCGCCGACGCAUCUCGAAGAUGCAUUGCUUGUCUUGCCAUUUGACCGCGUCGUGAGCUUGUUCCGCUACAUUGACGUAUGGGUAACGCGUGAGUGGAAUGUAUCGCUGGGCGCUCGCAUUCUGUUUUUCUUGAUGCGCACACACCAUUCACAGAUUGUGUCGAACAGAGUGAUGCGCACCACAUUGCUCCGCCUCCGCACACAUGUAAAAGAUGUGCUUGUGAAGCAAAAGGCGCUCGUGGGCUUCAAUCUCGCUGCUUUGCGUUUCUUGCAACAGCAGUUUACGAUGCGUCGUACCACUGAGCUGUUUGAGCGUCCCGAGAUUCAACUGCACGAACUCGACGAAGCCGCUGUGCGUGACAAGCUGCAGGAGCAUGCGAAACGAAAACGCAAGCUCGUGGUUCGAUAG